AUGGCACCUAAACUCCGCGCAAAGCCAAAUACCCAUGCCAGGAUCCAACGGUGCUUAACGCAGUUCAAGGAAUUAGAUGUCGCCCCGAAUCGGCCGGGAGAAAAGGCCCAUCCCGUGGCAAACGAGGCUGAUUCAUUCCCCAACGAGUCUAACGCGGGAGCUGUUCAUGUUGAUAAUGAUGAACACCUAGUCAAGUCUUUUGCUUGGUCUGAUGGUGGCUCAACCACAAACAAUACGAGACGGAGUUCUCCAGCUGACCUCGGCGAAUUAUCCAAUGACGACGUGUGGGACUUUGAGGAGUCUUUGGCGCCAUUCUCAAGCCCAACUUCAGAGAAGAACCAACUUCCGGACACACUACCUCUAGUGUCAGCGGAGCGGGACGAUCGAUCGUGCACCCCGGUAAAGGCAGUUGAUUUUUCUGAAACCGCAUCCACUGUUCAUCGCAGUUCCUCUUUCGUUGGGGCCUACGAACCCAAGGACAUCUGGAAUUUUGAAGAUAGCCCAUCGGAUAGCAGCCCUAUUCCAGCAACGUCCAAAAACAUGCCAACCGUAUCACCAGAUCAUUUACCUGCUGAUGAGCUUUACGACUUGACCCCGAAGAAAGUCACUGUACCAACGCCAGCCGUUGCCAAACCAGAUGGAAGCCAGCCAGUCGUCAACGACGAGGCCAAGAGUUGUUCGUCUAGACCACUUUUACAGCCAAAGGAAAAGAAGCAGCGACAGAAAGCGAAAAAGCCUCUUCGUUUUGAUUCUCUCACUCAAGAGAUACUCGAAGAGCCAAAGACCAAGAAAAAGAAGCGACCUGCGCCCGUUAGGUUGCCAAUCGUCAAUGCUUUAAAAGAAUCUGCCAAGGCAUCUAGCUCUCCUGCCACGAGUUCCCAACGGCCGAAGUCAAAACGGGCUCGGCCGCAGAAAAAGAAGAAGCCGGAAAUACCUCCAGCCCCCAAAAACCCCCCAAAACCCAGAGGUGAAGAUGUCAUCACGUUUGUCGACAGCCCGACCGAGCCAAUUGUUGAAAGUCCAUCGGAAUCUCUACCAGAGCUUCCACAUAUCGGAACGUGUGACGCUUCCAAAACGAUUCUUUCUGCCAGCAGCGGUGAUGACUUCACUGCAAUGCAGGAGCCAAAACAGCAACAUCCCCUUGUUCCGGUAGUAAUCGACAAGAGGGACAAUGUUUCUGCUGAAUCUGGCGCGAUUUUUGCCGAAAAGCACGGAGCAAAGAGAAGGCGCCUGUCAAGACAAUUCAGUGUGUCGGAAAAAGGCAGUCCGGUUGUUGUCAAUGACGCUAUCGUUCCUGAGAAUAUUCAGCCCGAGCCCAUCAAACCGCAUCUUCCCAUAAGUGUUGAUCCAGAGAUAUCCACUGCCGCACAUUCUUCAUCGUUUUUGAGGAGCACAUCGAGUGGUAAGCAUAUCGAACAGCAGCAUGGCAAUGCUUUCAACGAAAUGAAUGGGAAAUCUUCAUCUCAAUGGCUGCGGCGUCUUCGCAACAAUGUAUCAGCUCCCAAGCGCAAGCCCAGUAUCGAGAAAAAGCUGCAUGAUGAGAUCAUGAAGAGCUUCCUUGGACAGACGGAGACGGAACGAGAGCCACAAGAACAAGAACCUGUGGCAAAAUCGGACUCUGCUGCCAGCCCCAGUCAUGUCGAAGCCCAGAUACGUAAGGCCGUUGAUCAAUUGAUUGCUCGGUUGGAUAGUAAGAAGAAGGAGGUUUUCAAUGUCGUCGAUACAUAUCAGAAAAAUGGACAAGAUUCCGUGCUACAUCUGAAGCGACAAAGUGUGCAAGAUAGUGACAGCCUGGUGCAGGCUUUGCACAAUGAUAGUGGACUGUUCGGCCAGAAAUUACGAGCAACAACGGAAGCCAUUCAAGCUCACCGCUUGGCCAGGGCGAAGUCCGCAUUGGAGCUUGACAGUGCGGUUCAAGAUCGACAUCAGGCAUACGAUCGAACGCGUCGGAGCCUUAGGGCUCUGCGCGAUGAGUUAAUACGUGAGAAGAAUGUUGCUGUGUGA